ACAUUGACGUGUCUCAUGUCGCAAGGUCCCCACGAUCUGGGAACGGUAGCUUGGUAUCGAGGAAGUGAUGCGGUGGUGACAUCACCGCGAUCAGAAAAUGACAUCGAAACGGAGCCUCGCAUAACCGUCGAGACGGAAUGGAGUGACGCCCUCACGUCGAAAUUGAGGAUCACGCAUGCGAAGCUCAGUGACUCCGGAAACUACAGUUGCGUUCCUACCGUGGCGGAGGGAGCAAGUGUCACCGUGCACGUGAUCAAUGGUGAACAUCCAGCCGCGAUGCAGCAUGGAAACACGGCAGCCGGCUCGCCCAAUUCCAAAACAGUCCUGGUGAUGCUCGCCUUCCUUCUGGGCCAGCUGAGAUAAUGUGCGUGUGCACGAAGGUCGCCCGAGACUCGUAAAAUUGAUGAACGUAUCGCAACAUGGUCGCCCACACAUUCUAAACGUUAACCCUUCCGCACAGAUCGUUCUGAAUUAGAUCUUAAUUAGUUUCAUCGUAG